AUGACUUUCUACCGGGGGAAAGACUAUUGGGAAGAAGUUACCUAUGACUCUGGCAACUCCAGAGAUAAACUCAGUCAUCCGACCACAAGCAGACCAAAAGCCACAGGGAGGCAGCCUCCAGCCCAGUCCCUCACAUCUUCAUCGCUUUCAAGCCCUGAUAUCUUCAAUUCCCCAAGUCCCAAAGAGGAUAAGGAGGAACACAUCCCACUUGCGCACAAAGGAGUGGAUGCACCAAAGAAAACUUCCAAGACUGUUACCAUAACCCAAGUGUCUGAAAACAAAGCAUCCCUGCUGCCCAAGCUGGGGACCAUGGCAGCAGCUAUUGGUAGGCCAGCCCCUCUGUCCUUGGCAGCGCCAUCCCCACCGUCAUCCGGUUUGGGAACAGCUGGACACAGAGCCAACUCCCCUUCUCUGUUCAGCAUGGAAGGAAAAUUAAAGAUGGAGCCUGCCGCCAGCAGCCAGGUGGCCAUGGAGGAGCUAAGGACACAGGUCCGCGUGGGGAAGAGCAUCAUCGAGAACAUGAAGGACCAGCAGAAACGAGAUAUUAAACAGUUAUUGUCUGAGUUGGAUAAAGAGAAGAAAAUCCGGCUUCGGUUGCAGAUGGAAGUAAAUGACCAAAAGAAAGCUCUACAAUCAAAAUCAAUACUUAAUUAA